AUGCGUACAAGCCUGGUGCGGUUUGCAAAGAUGGUCGUAAAACAUAAAGUAACCGGGUACGAGGAGUUUACAAAGUUGGCCGAAAGUUUGGAAAGCAGUGGCGAACCGGUCCACAUCCUGUUUACCGGCAGUAAGGAUGAGAACGGUGAAAGCUGGUGCCCGUAUUGUGUGAAGGCCGCACCCGUCGUCACGAAAGCCUUGGAGACGGCACCAGAAAAGAGCCAUUUCAUUACGGUUGAAAUAGAACGCCCAUUCUGGAAAGAUCUGAACUGUCCGUACCGAAAGGAUCCACGCACACAUCUGGUGUUUCUUCCCACACUUCUACGAUGGCGAUCGCCCCAGCGCUUGGACGGAUCGCAGUGUACCAACACCGAUUUGGUCCAAAUGUUGUUCGAAGAUGAAGAUUAA